AUGAGCUGGGAACUGUUGCUCUGGCUGCUGGCGCUGUGCGCGCCACUCCUGCUCCUGGCGCGCGCGGACGGCGACCUGACACUGCUGUGGGCCGAGUGGCAGGGGCGACGGCCAGAAUGGGAGCUUACGGACAUGGUGGUGUGGGUAACUGGAGCGUCAAGUGGCAUUGGCGAGGAGCUGGUGUACCAGUUGUCUAAACUUAGAGUUUCUCUUGUGCUGUCAGCCAGAAGGGUACAUGAGCUUGAAAGGGUGAAAAGAAGAUGCCUGGAGAAUGGCAAUUUAAAAGAAAAAGAUAUACUGGUUUUGCCCCUUGACCUGACUGACAGAGAUUCCCAUGAGGAGGCGACCAAAGCUGUUCUUCAGGAGUUUGGUAGAAUCGACAUUCUUGUCAACAAUGGUGGGAGAUCCCAGUGCUCUUCGGUUGUGGGUGCCAACCUGGAUGUCUUCCAGGAGCUGAUAGAGCUUAACUACUUAGGGACAGUGUCCUUAACCACAUGUGUUCUGCCUCACAUGAUCGAGAGGAAGCAAGGGAAGAUUGUGACUGUGAACAGCCUUGUGGGAGUUGCAGCUACGCCCCUUUCUAGUGGAUAUUGUGCUAGCAAAUACGCUCUUCGGGGUUUUUUUCAUAGCCUCCGAACUGAACUUGUUGAAUAUCCAGGUAUAACAAUUUCUAACAUUUUCCCUGGACCUGUGAACUCAAAUAUUUUCAAGAAUUCUAUAGCUGAAGAGGCCACUAAGGUGACAGAUAAUGAAUUAGACCAUUUGCCCAAGAUGACAACUCAUCGUUGUGUCCGGCUGAUGUUGAUCUCCAUGGUCAAUGAUUUGAAAGAAGCUUGGAUUGCAGAGCAACCUUUCUUGUUGGUAGCAUAUCUAUGGCAAUAUAUGCCAACCUUUGGCUGGUGGAUUACCAUUAAGUUAUGGAAGAAAAUUAUGUUUUAA